GGUGCUCUGAAGACCCCGCAAACACCAAAACCAACAAAACAAAACAAUACAACUUUUUCCACCGUGGUUUCCAAAAAAGACCCACACUAAUUUGUCUCUGACUUGGAGCGAGAGGUGCUAAUGAGAGGAUCUUGACAGAAAAUCGCCUGCUUCCUAUUUCUGAGCUAAAUAUAACUGCUAACAGUAUGCCUAAACAAGUGGAGGUGAGGAUGCACGAGAGUCACCUGGAGCCCAUUGAAGCCCGACCCCAGUCAAAAUGUGCCCAGCUAUGCUCCAAGAUGUUCAAGAACCUUCUGCUCACACUCACUGUCCUCGGUGUGAUCUUGGGAGCUGUAGCAGGGAUGUUGCUUCGCGUUGCUUCUCCCAUCCACCCAGACAUUGUCAUGGUGAUCGCUUUUCCUGGAGAUAUUCUGAUGAGGAUGCUGAAGAUGUUGAUCUUGCCACUCAUCAUUUCCAGUUUAAUCACAGGUCUGUCCGGUCUGGACGCCAAAUCUAGUGGUCGCCUGGGCACCAGAGCUAUGGUGUACUACAUGACAACCACUGUAAUUGCUGCUGUCCUGGGAGUCAUCCUGGUGUUAGUCAUCCACCCUGGCAACCCCAAACUGAAAGAGAAUCUGGGCGAAGGAGAGGAAAACGAAGACGUGUCCAGCUUGGAUGCCUUCUUUGAUCUGAUCAGAAACCUUUUCCCAGAAAACCUGGUGCAGGCCUGUUUCCAGCAGAUUCAAACAGUCACAAAGAAAGUUGAAGUUGCUAUUGAAGAGGACGUUAAUGCCACCAGUGUGGAGGGCCUUGUGGCUAACAUUACCAAGGAACCUCAAUAUGUCAUCAAGAAGUCACUGCAGUUCAAAAGUGGCAUGAAUGUUUUGGGUUUGAUCGGUUUCUUUAUUGCAUUUGGCAUCUGCAUGGGGAAGAUGGGAGAGAAAGCCAGACUCAUGAUUGACUUCUUCAAUAUCCUCAAUGAGAUUGUGAUGAAACUUGUCAUCAUGAUUAUGUGGUACUCUCCCUUUGGUAUUGCUUGUCUGAUUUGUGGCAAGAUCAUCUCCAUCAAAGACUUGGAGGUGGUGGCCAGGCAGCUUGGCAUGUACAUGGUGACUGUGAUUGUUGGCCUAAUCAUCCACGGAGCCAUCUUCCUGCCCAGUAUUUACUUUGUUAUCACCAGGAAAAACCCCUUCACCUUUUUUCUGGGCGUCUUCCAGGCCUGGAUCACUGCUCUUGGGACAGCCUCCAGUGCUGGUACACUGCCUGUCACCUUCCGCUGCCUGGAGGAGAAUUUGGGUAUCGACAAAAGAGUCACUCGUUUUGUGCUCCCAGUUGGUGCCACCAUCAAUAUGGAUGGAACUGCUUUAUAUGAAGCUGUAGCUGCCAUUUUUAUUGCUCAGAUGAACGGUGUCAUACUUGACCCUGGUCAAAUUGUCACAGUCAGUCUGACAGCUACCUUAGCCAGUGUUGGGGCAGCCAGUAUUCCCAGUGCCGGCCUGGUGACUAUGCUGUUGAUCCUAACUGCUGUUGGCCUGCCAACCCAGGAUAUCAGUCUGCUGGUUGCUGUCGACUGGCUGCUGGAUCGAUUCAGGACCUCAGUGAAUGUAGUGGGUGACUCCUACGGUGCAGGGAUUGUGUACCACCUGUCAAAAGCAGAGUUGGACGAGCUGGACGCGCACAUGGCUAAAUCGGACGACAUUGAAAUGAUGACAAAGACCCAGGCCUAUUAUGAUGACAUGAAGAACCACCAUGAAAACAAUUCCAACCAGUGCGUUUUAACCCCGACUGCUUCCACAACCGCUACUGCCUCAGCUAACAAUUCUGUCUUAGUAGAUGAAUGCAAGGUAACCUCAGCCACGAACGGCUCUGCUGCAGAGUGCACGCUGGUCGAGGAGGAACCAUGGAAACAAGAUUAAUGGCAGCACAGAGAUCCCCUGCUCCUGGGCUCCACAAGCUGUCCUAUCUGGUGAUUUAAAAAAAAAAAGAGUGAAUGAAAUGUCACAUGAACAGAACUACUAAUUUUUUUUAUGUAGUUUCCUUUUUUUUAUUAUUAUUAGUCUUUUUAAAACAUUUUGCAUUUGUCUACCUGACUGAUGUGUUUUACUAAUUCACUUAACCGUGAACUGAUGCCAGAUUUAUACCUCACCUGUUAGAGCGCAGUCAUACCCUGUGUAGCAGAUACUUGCACAACAUACUUCAAGGCUUGGGGAAGGGACAGAGGGGAGAAAAAAAGAAAUGCUAGAUGAACUUUUCUUUAGCAAUAUGUUCUGGUUGUAUUUUUAUAUUAAAAUGGACAGAGUGGCUGUAUAAUACAGAUGCACUGAGGCUAUCUUCCAGGUUUAAUAAAGGUGAAUAAUUAACAUCAGAGGAUGAGUGGAAAUCAGACCGUUAAUUGUGAUAGCUGUUAUUUUACAUCCAUGUCAGUAUUACAACAUGCAAAAUACCAAGUUUCAUUUCAGUUGUAACUACAUUUGUCUAAUCUGCAAUAGUGAAGCAUGACCCACCAUCUCUGACCACCAGAAAACUGAUCCGAUCAGAUCAGAACUGAUCACAGUCAAGACCAGAACACUCUGAUCCUCCUGAUAUGCACGCAAUCUCUACGUGAAAAUUUCAAGACACUUUAUUCUUCAUGAGCCAAUAUUUACACGUUUCCCCUUUUGAUUUUUGACUUUAUAAAAAAAAAAGAAAAGAAAAUAACUAUUUUUUUAGCUUUACUUGUCAAUAAAAUUUAAGAUAUAACUAUAUUAUUUGUGCCACAGGUAAUGUGAGAGAGCAUAAAA